CACAGACACAGGCAUGGCCAAUCCUACGCAACCUACGUAGAUAAUAAGCUCUCGUGAUUCCUUUGCUCGACUGCACGAACUCCGUGCAGUAACGUUGCGCUGUUAUAGCAAUUAAAGCGACGAAGCAAUUCUCGAGCUUGGUUUUUACAGGAGCAGCCACCGCAGUGGCCAUCGAUCAACCCGCGUUGUCGUUGUACGCAUACUGCCUGCAAGGUUUUUGCAAACUGCUCGGGAAUCGAGAUUAGGACACGAGUCUGCCUUCUUGCCUCGGCGAAUGGAAAAACAAUUGAAGGAGGCGAGAGGGGCGAUGCGCGAAACGGCACGAUUUAUUUUAGAGAGGGCAUUUCUGUAAAUCUGCAUCGAAUUUCGGUUUCCCGUGUAGCGUUAAAUUGAUCACAGUCGAGCCUUUCUUCACCGAGAAUAUUACUAGCCUCUCCCCUCUUCGCUUAGGUGACUGCUUCGGUUUGAUAAAAUUGACGGAUCAAAGUACAUAUAUACGUAUAUAAAGUAUAUAUAUAUACACACACACACACAUACACAUAUAUAUACAUAUGAUCUGGCUUGGCAUAUGAUCUCGAUUGAAAGCCACGCGACCGACCGAUCGUUCAGAAUAAUGCGAUGACACGUCAUGAACAUCAUCGAACGCAGCAACAAACGUCCUUUGAUGGUGGUGCCCGAGAUCGAAGCCAGUGACGCGAAGAAGAGUUUCCCGAUAAACGGCGAGGUCACCGGCGAGUCUGAUUCCAGUACCGAGGUGCGAUCAUGUAAAACAGUGUACCGAAACCGGUGUAAAAAGCUCGUGGUAUCCGAUACCUCGUUGAGCGUCGUUUCGUUUAUCGAUGCGGGUAAAGAUGAUCGGGAACCGAUUGGCCCCGAACGUUUCGCAAACAAAAAGGACGACAAAGAUACGAUGUCAUUCGUGGAUACCGACGUGGAAUCGCGAAAAGAUGGAACGUCGAUGAAGACGAAGAGAAAGAAGAAACGGAGAUACCUGACGAUAUGCACGAGCAACUGCAAGUACGACGUGGUGAGACGUGUGGCGGCACGUUUCGGGAUGAAGGAGGUCACCGAGGAUAGCAGCUGGAACCUCUACUGGACAGACCUGAGCGUGAGCGUGGAGCGAGCGAAAGAUAUGAAGAGGUAUCAGAAGGUCAAUCAUUUCCCAGGGAUGACGGAGAUCUGUAGAAAGGACCUGCUCGCGCGGAACUUGAAUCGCAUGCUGAAGCUUUUCCCGAAGGACUACAAUUUCUUCCCGAAGACGUGGUGUUUCCCCGCGGACCACGGAGAGGCGAUUGCCUACGCCAAGCUAAGGCGUUCGAAAACUUUCAUCAUCAAGCCUGACACCGGCUGCCAAGGGCGUGGCAUUUACUUGACGAGAAACUUGAGGGAUGUGAAGCCCACCGAGCGAAUGAUCUGCCAGGUUUACGUGGCCAGGCCCUUCCUGGUGGACGGCUACAAAUUCGAUCUUCGCAUCUACGCGUUGCUCACCUCCUGCGACCCCCUUAGGAUUUACGUUUACAACGACGGCCUUGCGAGAUUCGCCACGAGCAGAUACAAGGAACCAACCGGUCACAAUACGUCCAACGUGUUCAUGCACUUGACGAAUUACGCCGUGAACAAGCACAGCCGAAUGUACGUGAUCGACGAUGAAAUCGGUAGCAAAAGGAAGAUAUCGACUUUGAACAAGUGGUUCAAGAUGAAAGACGUUGACGUGGACGAACUGUGGCGUAAGAUCGACGAGAUUAUUAUAAAAACUAUUCUGGCGGCGUAUCCUGUCCUCAAGCACAGUUAUCACACGUGUUUUCCAACGCACGACAAGACAUACGCGUGCUUCGAGCUACUGGGCUUCGACGUGUUGCUCGAUUGGAAGUUGAGACCGUAUCUUUUGGAAGUUAAUCACUCGCCGAGUUUUCACACGGACGCGCAAAUCGAUAAGGAUAUAAAGGAAGGUCUGCUGACGAACACGUUCGAGAUGUUGAACUUGCAACAGUGCGACAAGAAGAAGAUCAUCGAAGAAGAUAGAAAGCGAGUCAGGGACAGAUUGCUUCAGGGGAUAAAUUCGAGGGACGGCAGCACGAAUGAGUCGACGAACGGAACGGCGAAACCUGACAAGCUGGAGGAGGAUUACCUGCAGAAGCAAUUUAAAUGGGAGGAUGAGCAUGUGGGCAAUUUCCGGAGAGUCUAUCCGUGCUCUGACAAUGAAAAGUACCAGCCAUUCUUUAGACAAGCUAGCAUCUCUGUGUACCAAGACACGGCAGCAUCCAGAGCUCGGGAAGAAGCAUCGAGGAUCCAAAAGGAGGAGAACGAGAUGAAAAUGAAGGAACAAGAGAGCAAGAAGAUUCCUGAAAAUGGUAAAUGGAGUGAGACGAAAUUGCAUUCAGAGGGUUCGAACGUAACGCUGAAGCCUACGACGACGCAGGAUCAGGACAGGGCCAAGUCCGCGAUUGCAUCGAAGAAAAGUCCACCCUGUUCGAAUACGAAGAAGAAGCAGACGACUUCAACUACCAACACUUCACACUCUUUCGAGCCAGAGAUCAUUUGCGAGUCCGAGGAGAGGGAGCGUGUUACGGCACUGGCGCAACGAGACUUCUUGAUUAAGAGUUACGGAAUGCUGGAGCAAAUAUACAUGGCGAUGAAAAAGAACGGCACGCUGAGAGCCAUCGACGAGAAGAAGUAUGGGCUGUACGAGAGGCUCGGGCACGCGGACGACGUGAGCGGAAGUGCGUCUAUUUGUAGGCACAAGUGUCAUCUUCAUCAGCAUACUGGAGUCGAAUCGUGGACGAAUCAGUCAUCGAAAUUUUGCCUGAAAGCAAGUGAAGGUAAAAUGCCAGACGAUAAUUUUCUAUUUACGAAUCUAAAGAAAUAAGAAAUUCUUACAUAUACGAUAACAGGUGAGGUAUACGUUUGGAUUUCACGUGUACAAAGUGCAAAGUCCGUCUCUUCUCUCGAUUUACAGAUUUCAAGGUAAUUUGCAACAAGGUACCGGUUUACAUCCGACCAAGAAUACCAGACAAAUUUUGGAUGAACGAUUUAAAUUCGAACGAUCGAAGUUGUCGAGUCACCAAGGCCCACGUGGCUCGUAUCUUGUCGAAUAUUGUACGUCUUCACACACUUGAAAACCGUGGAGAGUUUAAAUAGCUAAAAUUUUAACAAAUAU